CCAGGGAUAUCACAAGCCCAGGAACCUUUUUUUCUCUUUUUUUCUUAAUUUCUUAAGCUUGGAGAUUCUCAUACAAAUAAGAUUCAGACUUCAGAACUGUUGUGACACAGGCUUAGGGUUUUAAUUUCUGGUUGUAAACAUUUCCCCUGCCCUCUCACCCAGAUUCUCAGAGCCAAGUUCCACUGAAGUCUUACUAAGACAGUGGGUGGAUUUGUCCUGUCCCCCUCACCAGUUUUUAAUUGUGAUUGCAGCCCUUUGACGAUGGCUCCAGUUUUAUGGAAGCACCUCAGAGCCAACUUUAUGCCCAACUUGUGUGCCCAAGAUCUCUUAUUCUGUCCCUAUUGGGUUGCUACAAAUGGUUGGACAGGUUGGAUCCUGUGUUGAAGAAAAGCCGGGCCAGAAAUUUAGCCUAACUCUGCUCUCCUGAGAGAGAACUUUCUUCUGAUCCCAUUCCUUGAGGGGGCAUCUCCUUACCAAUUUCAAUUAGACCUAAGAGCUAUAAGAGAAUCCAGUGAUUCUUCCUUGGCGGCUACAGCGGGCAAUAUUUGCUUUUGUGCUUACUACCACUUUGGCCAUCAGUCCUAGCUUUGGUUUGGCACGAGGGGGUUUUUCUUUACUGCAAGUGGAACUGUGUAUUUAACUUUUAAAAUGCGUUACUCUUUCUCAUCUUUUCUGUGUUGUUUAUUUAUGGUGGAAAGUCUUCUUCAUUAGCUCAGUUGACCAUAUUGUGGCACCUGGAAUUCCCACAAGUUACUUAUUAACCUCUCUUCCUCAGAUAUCACCUGUUUAAAAUGGGAGUAAUAAUAGCCCACCUGUAUGGCGUUAGUGUAAAUUUAGAGCACCUAGUAAUUUCCCCAUCAGUAUUUGUACCAUUUAAAGCUUUACCACUUUAGGGAAGACUUGGAAAUGUAGUAGUGGCUGUGUUUACUUACUUAGCAAGAAGAGGAAGUCUUAGUUAACGCCCUGGAGAAACCAGAGAAACUUUGUUCAGUGUAGCACAAUGUCGAAACUGAAGCUCCGAGCCCCACCCUUUCUGAUGUUGAUGUGCCAAAGGUCACUUGGCACCAAGAGUGAACAGAGAGGAAUGUCCUCUCAGUAUUGCCUGGAGGAUCGCUCAGGGGAGCUCUGCCUGGAUUGUGAGGAUAACCCUUUCUCUACCACUGCACAAUAACUCACAAGCUGCAACCCUUGGACACGCAAUUCCACAAGCACACUUCAAGUCUUUUGCAAGAACAUUAAAGUCAUAAUGAAUGGUCAUAUUUCUAAUCAUCCCAGUGGUUUUGGAAUGUAUCCAUCUCAAAUGAAUGGCUACGGAUCACCACCCACCUUUUCCAUGGACAGAGAACACAGUUCAAGAACAAGUGCAAAGGCUCUCUAUGAACAGAGGAAGAAUUAUGCACGGGAUAGUGUCAGCAGCGUGUCAGAUAUAUCCCAAUACCAUGUUGAACACUUGACUACCUUUGUUCUGGAUCGGAAAGAUGCUAUGAUAACUGUUGACGAUGGAAUAAGGAAGCUGAAAUUGCUUGAUGCCAAGGGCAAAGUUUGGACUCAAGAUAUGAUUCUUCAAGUGGACGAGAGAGCUGUGAGCCUGAUUGAUUUAGAAUCAAAGAAUGAACUGGAGAAUUUUCCUUUGAACACAAUCCAGCACUGCCAAGCUGUGAUGCACUCCUGUAACUAUGAUUCAGUUCUUGCCCUCGUGUGCAAAGAGUCAACUCAGAACAAGCCCGAUCUUCAUCUUUUCCAGUGUGAUGAGAUUAAGGCAAACCUAAUUAGUGAAGAUAUUGAAAGCGCAAUCAGCGACAGUAAAGGAGGGAAACAGAAGAGGCGGCCUGAUGUCCUGAGGAUGAUUUCCAAAGCAGACCCUGGUAUACCGCCUCCACCCAGAGCUCCCGCCCCUGUGCCACCUGGGACUGUGACCCAGGUGGAUGUUAGAAGUCGGGUGGCAGCCUGGUCCGCAUUGGCAGCUGACCAAGGGGACUUUGAGAAACAAAGGAAUUAUUAUCAGCAGGAAGAAACACCUGAGAUGACGGCAGCUCGCAUUGACAGAGAUGUGCAAAUCUUAAACCACAUUUUGGAUGACAUUGAAUUUUUUAUCACAAAACUCCAAAAAGCAGCUGAAGCAUUUUCUGAGCUUUCUAAAAGGAAGAAAACUAAGAAAGGUAAAAAGAAAGGACCAGGAGAGGGUGUUUUAACACUGAGGGCAAAACCUCCACCUCCUGACUUAUUUAUUGACUGUUUCCAAAAGUUUAAACAUGGAUUUAACCUUCUGGCCAAAUUGAAGUCUCACAUCCAGAAUCCUAGUGCUGCAGAUUUGGUUCACUUUUUAUUUACUCCAUUAAAUAUGGUUGUGCAGGCCACAGGAGGUCCUGAACUAGCCAGUUCAGUGCUCAGCCCCCUACUGACUAAGGACACAAUCGAUUUCUUGAGUUACACUGUCAACGUCGAUGAGAGGCAGCUGUGGGUGUCAUUGGGAGACUCGUGGAUGAAAUCCAGAGCAGAGUGGCCAAAAGAACAGUUUAUCCCACCCUAUGUCCCACGGUUCCGCAGUGGUUGGGAGCCCCCGAUGCUGAACUUCAUGGGAACAUCGGUGGAGCCGGAUCUCUAUCAACUGACUGAGUCCAUGGCAAACGCAGCAGAACAGCAUCGCAAGCAAGAAACAAAAAGAUUAUCCACAGAGCACUCCAGUGUAUCAGAGUAUCCUCCAGCUGAUGGGUACACGGUAUUCAAUAACAUUUAUGGAAGAGGGCCCCAUCUGGACCAAGGGGAAGCUGCUGUUGCUUUUAAGCCAACUCCUCAACGCCAUGUAGAUAGAAAUUAUGAUCUACAACCCAAGAAAUAUGCCAAAUCCAGGUAUGACUUUGUGGCAAGGAACAACAGUGAGCUCUCAGUUCAAAAGGAUGAUAUCUUAGAGAUCCUUGAUGAUAGGAAGCAAUGGUGGAAAGUUCUAAAUGCAAGUGGAGAUUCUGGAUUUGUGCCAAACAACAUUUUGGAUAUCGUGAGACCUCCAGAGUCUGGAUUGGGCCGUGCGGAUCCACCUUACACGCAUACCAUACAGAAGCAAAGGAUGGAGUAUGGUCCAAGAGCAACUGACAUUCCCUCUGCUCCAUCACCUCCUCCAACACCAGCUCCUGUUCCUGUUCCCCUCCCACCUUCUGCUUCAGCACCUGUUCCUGUGUCAAAGGUCCCAGCAAAUGUAACCCGUCAGAACAGCAGCUCCAGUGAGAGUGGUGGCAGUAUUGUGCGAGAUAGCCAACGACAAAAACAAGUUCCUGUUGACCGAAGGAAAUCUCAGAUGGAGGAAGUGCAGGAUGAACUCAUCCACAGACUGACCAUUGGUCGGAGCGCUGCCCAGAAGAAGUUCCACGUGCCACGGCAGAAUGUGCCAGUUGUCAAUAUCACUUAUGACUCCACCCCAGAGGAUGUGAAGACAUGGUUGCAGUCAAAGGGGUUCAACCCUGUAACUGUCAAUAGUCUUGGAGUAUUAAAUGGUGCACAACUUUUCUCUCUCAAUAAAGAUGAACUGAGAACCGUCUGCCCUGAAGGGGCCAGAGUCUUUAGCCAAAUUACUGUACAGAAAGCUGCAUUAGAGGAUAACAACGGCAGCUCUGAGUUGCAAGAAAUCAUGCGAAGACGACAGGAAAAAAUCAGUGCUGCUGCUAGCGAUUCAGGAGUGGAAUCUUUUGAUGAGGGAAGCAGUCACUAAUUAGUUUUUAAACUCCAUUAUUCUUGGCAUUAUUCCAACGUGCUUUGUUUUAAGAAGACAUGAAGGGAAUGUCAGAUUCUCAUUUCUUGGUGUACAGAAUUUAUCGCCAUAAAGAAACAACGCAAACAUAAGUAAGCAGACGACUUGCUCCUGGGCCCGUUAUUUUUAUUAAAAUGAAAACAUUUUAAACAGAAUUUCUCACCUUGGGAAUAUUUUGCCUACUUUACCAAGGUGAGGUUCCCUUUAUUGGAUUAAGUAUUUCAUCCCCAUCUCAAUGCCUAAGCAGACUUUUUUUUUUUU